UAAACUUCUCUCUCUUUCCCAUUUCACAUUGUUCUUUCUUUCAUCCUUCAAUUCAAUCUGAGUUUCAACCUUGAAGACCAUCAUGAGCAAUGGAGAAGGGGGAGAAUAUAUUUGUAACAUCACACACACCACUGAAGAGGACAUUUUAAAGGGAUAUACAUUAGAAGGAAAUUGGGAAGAAGUUAAGAAAUUAUACAAUUCAGAUCCUAACUUCAGCACAAUGGAGAUCAACAAAAGUAGAGGAACAGCACUACAUGUGGCAGUAAAUGAUGGCAAUGAGGAAGUUGUUAAAAGUCUUGUGAAUUCAAUCUUAUGUCACAAAAAUGAGAAGGAGGCCCUUACAUGUAAGAAUGAAAAAGGUGACACUCCUUUGCACCUUGCAGCAUCAAGAGGAUUCAAAGAUAUAUGUGAAUGUAUCAUAGGAGAAGGUGGUGAAAGAAAGGAUUUGAUUGACAUUGAUAACAAUAAUGGAGAAAGUCCUUUGUUUCUUGCUGCAUUGUCUUGGCAAAAACAAACUUUUGUGUAUCUCAUCAAGUUUAAACCAGGUAGAAGUGACUGUGGUGGUAACUAUUCUUAUACUAAAGAUCUUAUUCGAAGCAAUGGGGAUAGUAUUCUUCACUGCGCCAUCCGGAGAGAAUUUUUUGAUUUGGCACUUAUAAUAAUACACAAAUAUCCAGAUCUUAUCGUCAUUCAAAACAAACUUGGAUUUAGUCCUCUCAAACUUCUUGCUACUAGGCCCUCAGCCUUCAAAAGCGGAUACAAGAUGAUAUGGUGGAAGAAGAUUCUUUACCACUGUAUACUUGCGGGAACCCUAAACGUUGAUGAAACAAUCAAAUAUUGUCAGCUGAAGCAUAAGUCAGAAUCACAAAAACCAUGUCCAGAGAACUACGGCACAUGUUAUCUAUUUAUUGAUAAAUGUCGAGAAUAUGCUUAUCCACUUAUAUGUUUUGCUAAGCCACUUAUAAGUUUUGCCAAGCAAAAGCUGCAGAAGAAACAAAAUACUUAUAAUGCUGCAAAUGGAACGAAAGACAAAGGGUUGCCAUCUGAAUGCAAGCUUCUUCCAGAAAACUAUGCCACAUGUCUUUGGUUUUUGAAGUUUGCAUACAUCCAUACCCUUGGCCUUUCAGGAGUUGGGAUUGAUGAAAUUAAAAAGAUGAAGCAAAAGCACAAAUGGAGUGGUCAACUCUUGAACAUAUUUAUGGAGAAUCAUAUUUUUGAAGGAUUUGUGGUGAAUCCUUAUGACUCGUACUUGGGAACCGGCGCCAAACCAAUAGGAGAUGUGAGUGGAACAGAUAUCGUGUCUGCUUUCAAUCCAAAUCAAGGAGAUAACAACAAUGAGGAGGACCCAAAGAUUUUAGCAAAACUUAAACAUGAGAAAGCAAUUUUGGAAAGUGAGACAGCAAUUUUGACUGCAGCAAGAAAUGGCAUAGUUGAAAUAGUGGAAAAGCUUAUAGCAAAAAUACCAAGUUCCAUAUACGACCUUAACUUGGAAAAUAAAAAUGUAUUACUUGUAGCAGUUGAGAACAGGAGAACCAAUGUCGUUGAGGCAUUAAAGAAACGUUUUGACAAAUGCAAUAAAAUGGCAAUAUUUAAUGAUCUAAUCCAAGGGGUGGAUGAGAGAGAGAACACUGUGUUACAUUUAGCAGCUACCAAGAGUGAUCGAGAUUGGAACAUAUCUGGUGCUGCCUUGCAAAUGAUGUGGCAUAUAAAAUGGUUUCAGUAUACUAAAGGACUAGUGCCAGAGCAUUUCACAGUUAGAACAAACAAAGAUGACAAAACAGCUGGAGAAUUGUUCAAGAAAUCACAUGAAGAACUGGUAACAAAAGGUAGUGAAUGGCUCAAAGAUACUUCUGAAUCUUGCUCUGUAGUAGCAGCACUCCUUGCCGGUGUUUCCUUCGCUACAUCAAGCACUGUACCAGGCGGCAACAGAAGUGAAACAGGCGAACCGGCAUUGGAAGGAAGGCCUGCAUUUGAUGCAUUUGCUUUGUCUUCAGUAAUUGGUCUUUGUUUCUCUGUCACUGCACUCGUAAUGUUCCUGUCCAUACUCACUUCUCGAAAAGAAGCCAAAGAUUUCAGAAUUGAUAUGCCAAGGAAACUUCUUUUGGGAUUAAGUUCUCUUUUCUUAUCCAUUAUUGCAAUGUUCGUCGCUUUUUGCUCUGGCCAUUUCUUUCUUAUUGACCAAAAAUUCAAGCACAUUGUGUUCCUCAUUUAUUCAGUCACUUGCUUCCCUGUGACUUUGUAUGCAGUAGCACAACUUCCACUUUACAUUGAUCUUCUUAGAAGUAUUGUAACCAAAGUGCCAAAGACAAGUGAUAAGGGGGAGGAAAUAUAAAGGUGUAUAAUGAAGUGAAAAUGUGUUUGGCUUGUUCAAACAACAACAGUACUACCUAUGCUAAGCAGUAUACUUCUAUGUUUGUAAUAAUAUAUUUAGUUAUUUACUUCUUUGUAUAAUGUUUGUAAUUAUAUAUCUUUAUAUGUAUGAUUUUGGAUUGUGGUUAUUUUAGUGAGAUUCUACUAUCACAUACUCAGUAAAUGUUUAAAACUGAUAGAUUUAUUUCGACAUUCACACCCUUUAUUGCCACUUUUAUUCGUGAUUAAUUGAUUAUUAGCUA